UGUCUCUCACCUCUACUUUCGCCACUUUUCUACAUUUACAACAUGGCUGCCUUCAAUGACAUCCAUGGGAGGGCUUUGAGACAAAUACUUUUUUAUGCCAUUAGCGGUUUCUCUCCUUUAUAUUCCCCUACUGAGGAACUACGUAACUACUUCAGCCCUGCUUGGGUUUGCAGAGAGUGGCGGAGGGUACUUUUACCGAGACUAUACAAUUACGCAUUCUUUACUAUCACCUCGCAUACACCAACCUCUGGACCGCUAGUGAUCAGAUCUAACAUAAGACUCACUGUGGAAAACGGUCUGUCGAAAUACACUCAGAGACUAUUUAUUAUUGUUCCGGAAGGGUUCAUUGCCUCUGGUCGUCUUGUUGAAUUUUUAAAUGAGGAGCUAUUUAACAAAACCACUGGCCGUCCAUUUACGAUCUAGACAUAUCUGAGAACCCACCUUCUGUUUCAACAAAUAGCAGACAGAAUGAAAACAACACCGAUGUGGGUGACGCCAUUUCCCAAUAUCUUCAUAUGCAUCUACCAGCCUUUAACCUCCAUAUCAGUCUCUCUUG